AUGAAGGCAAUUGUCUUCUAUGCCCCUUAUGAUGUUAGAACCGAAGAAAGACCAACACCAAAGAUCAAAGAUCCCAAAGAUGUUAUUGUCAAAGUUAGAUACUCUGGAUUAUGUGGUACAGAUCUCCAUAGUUAUCGUGGUCAUAUCAAAGGUCCCGUGGGUACAAUUAUAGGACACGAAUUCGUUGGUACCGUGGUCGCUACUGGUGAUAAUAUUACAAAAUUCUCCAUUGGUGAUGAUGUAAUUAGUAAUUUUUCAAUUGAAUGUGGUGAAUGUUGGUAUUGUAAACAUGGAUAUUCUGGACAAUGUAAUGUUACCAAUACAUUUGGGAAAGUUGGUUUAGAUGGGGGACAAGCGGAAUAUGUUCGUGUGCCAUAUGCAGAAACAACUUUAACCAAAAAACCAUCAACCACAAAUUCCAAUGACGAUGUUGAUGAUUCAGUUUAUGUGCUUAUGGCAGAUAUUUUCACUACUGGUUAUUAUGGGGUGAAAAAAAUCAAAGAUUUUCUUUCAAUUUCAGCUGCAGAAGGGAUCAAACCUCAAUCAUUUGAAGAAACGACAAUAUUACAAUUAGGGGCUGGUCCCGUUGGAUUAUGUGCCUUGAGAAUUUUGAAAUAUUUUGGAUUUGGUAAAGUUGUCGUUGUCGACAAUGUUCCAUCUAGAUUAGAAGAGGCUAAAAGAUUAGGCGCAACUGAAGUGAUAAAUUUUGAAACUGAACCCGAUGGUAUAAAGAAAUACAUCACUGAAGAAACUGAUGGUGUUGGGUUUGAUGCUGUUUUAGAAGUAGUGGGAUCUGCUGCUGCCCAUAAAACAUCAUUUGACGCCGUUCGAAGAAAUGGGUUUAUUUCGUCGAUUGGAAUGGGCCACGAACCUUUCCCAUUUAAUGGAUUAGAUGUCUAUUUGAAGAAUAUUAAUAUGUCAUUUGGAAGAUGUCAUUCAUGGUCAUUAUUUCCUGAAUCUUUGGCUAUUUUUGAAGAGAUGAAAGGUGAUUUGGCAAGUUUUAUUGAUUAUAAAGCUAAAUUAGAGGAUAGUAAAGAAGCAUUUGAUAUGUUUGAUAAACAUAAAGUUAAGAAAAUUGUCUUUGAUUUGACAAGCUAA